AUGGCUUCUCCUCCACACAUCGGGAGUCUCUCCCGUCUUCCUGCUAACUUGCGCGGUGGCAUUGAGUCUGUUAAGCGCACACGACAUAAUGUUUCUUGGCCUUUGGUGAACCUCGAUCUGUUGCGCAACAUCCUUCUCUUCCUGUUCUUCUGGCGAUGGUCCCGUCGCGCAUUUUGGCAGCUCAGAGGCCGUGGUAUCAUCGGCUCGGUCAUCGAGCUAUACACAAACGUUCGUCGCAUCCUCUACGGUUACUUCCUACGAGCCCCGGGCGUGCGAGGCAAGGUUCAGCAACAAGUCAAUGAGUCUUUGGCCAAGCUGUCCGAGAAGUUAGUCCCCAAGGACCAGAUCCGAUACCUUACUCUCCCCAAGGAUGGCCUCUCUCAUGAUAACGUCCGCGCCGAGCUCGAGAACCUCGCCAACAUGGAUCACACUCGCUGGGAGGAUGGAUUUGUCUCUGGUGCUGUGUACCACGGCGAGAAUGAGCUCAUGCAACUGCAGACCGAGGCCUUUGGCAAGUUCACUGUUGCCAAUCCCAUCCAUCCCGAUGUCUUCCCUGGUGUGCGCAAGAUGGAGGCCGAGGUUGUGAGCAUGGUCUUGAACCUCUUCCAUGCUCCUCCUAAUGCUGCUGGUACCUCCACCAGCGGAGGAACUGACAGUAUUCUUAUGGCUUGUCUGGCUGCUCGUCAAAAGGCGUAUGCUGAGCGUGGCGUGACUAAACCUGAAAUGAUUCUCCCUGAGACCGCCCAUACCGCAUUCCACAAGGCAGCCGAGUACUUCAAAAUCAAAAUCAACCUUGUCGCCUGUCCUGCGCCUGAGUACCAGGUCGAUGUCCGUGCCGUUUCGCGUCUGGUCAACCCUAACACAGUUCUGAUUGUUGGUUCUGCGCCCAACUUCCCCCACGGUAUCAUCGACGACAUUGAGGCUCUAUCCAAGCUUGCUCUGCGCAAGAACAUCUGGCUCCAUGUCGACUGCUGCCUGGGAUCUUUCCUGGUUCCUUUCCUCGAACGCGCUGGUUUUGAGACACAACUCUUCGACUUCCGACUCAAGGGUGUUCAUAGUAUCAGCUGCGAUACUCACAAGUACGGUUUUGCGCCCAAGGGAAAUUCUACUGUUCUAUACCGCACAGCCGAUCUGCGAAAGUUUCAGUAUUUCGUCGCCCCUGAUUGGUCUGGUGGUGUCUACGCUUCUCCCGGCAUGGCUGGUUCUCGACCUGGUGCGCUCAUUGCUGGUUGCUGGGCUAGUUUGAUGACGAUGGGUGAGGCCGGAUACAUUGACGCCUGCACCAAGAUUGUGGGAAGCGCCAAGAAGAUCACCGAGGCUAUCCAGACCACUCCAACUCUUGGCGGCGAGCUUGAGAUUAUUGGCAAGCCCCUAGUCUCAGUCGUUGCUUUCACAGCUCGCAACUUGAACGUUUACGACAUCGCCGACGGUAUGGGUACUAAGGGGUGGCAUCUCAACGCUCUGCAGAACCCACCUGCUAUCCACGUUGCCGUCACCCUGCCCAUCACCAAGGUCUGGGAGAAGCUUGUCACCGAUCUCGAGGCCGUCGUCGAGGAGGAGCGUGAGAAGGAGCGUGUUCGUCUUGUUGAAGGCAAGGGAGCCCAUGGCAAGGCUAUGGGCGACACCUCAGCUUUGUACGGUGUUGCUGGCUCGUUGCCAAACAAGAGUGUAGUCGUUGAUCUGGCGAGUGGAUUUUUGGAUCUGUUGUAUAAGGCGUAA